AUGAGCACACCAAGGAACGCCGCAGAGGCAACUGCCAAUGCGGAGGACUACGGUAAGAAUGAUAAAUUAGGGCCAAAGGGUCAACAAUCCCUUCGGGAUUAUCAAGUGGUUGUAAUAUGCAUAAAAUCAGAUAGCAGCUGCACCCAGAUUACACAGAUAGGAUGGAUCAAAGAGCAGAUGGCCAACCGGCCAGACGCAUAUCAAUCAUACCCGUAUGAGAUAAACAACGAUCCACCCAAUGGGCCACGCCCAUGAGGCUCCGCCCAGGGCACGCUGAGGAGACAUCAGGAAUGACCGCGACGGUCAUUCGAGUUUCCUUUCACCCACCCCAACCAACCGCUCAUCUGGUGUUUUUAGCAACCGCCGAUUGGAUCCGCGAAGUCAACGACGGUCAGCAGCUCCAGCGUUCAACAACCGAUCAGACCUCAACCACCGUCAGCAACAACCGACCAAGUCGAACAGUCAGUGUUGACCAGACCCCUUUAUCACUCACCGCACCAGAUUGAGGCCAACCGGCAUCGAUCUGCACUGCACCGGCCUAAAAAGCACAGUAGUCACCACCCGCGUUAUAGUGAUUUUUUUUCUUCUCCAUUCGAUUCCCUUCCCAGCCCAGACCCUGACUGUGUAGGUUCCUGGCUAGAUAAACGGGCUGGGAAGCUAGGUAUUAACCGUAGGAUUCGUAGAUUUUGAAUCAGUCGGGCCCAGCCCAGAUUCAAUUCAGAGAGAGAGAAGAAAUAAGCAGCGGAAUCUCCCCGACGUGCCGGGUCGAGCGACAAAGCAGAAUCUCCCCGAAUUGCCGGGUGGAGCAACAGGCCGAAUCUCCCCUCCAGCUGGGUUGAGCAUCGACGAUCAAGGGACGUCACCGCAACGGGAACGCAGGAAUUCGACACCGACGUCGACAACAGGCAGGGAGAACCCCGAGAGGAAGAACGAAGACCCGAGCGAGGAACUGCCGCUCAAUCUCGACGACGUGUCUUCGGAAGACGAGUCGACGAUCAUCGAAACCCCAACGGGGAAAAGUCUUCUCCAAAAACCGAUCUUUACCUCAACCCCAUUACCGAAGUCAGUUCCGACGGGGUCGACAAUGACGGAGGCGAAAGGAGUCAUGACGCAUUGCCGAGAACGAUGGGAUGCAACGAAGAUCCUAAACGGCCAAGUGGAGAAAUUUGCAACAGGAAGGAGCUCCGACCUACAGAAAUGGCUCCGGGAUUACUCCAAGGUGGUACACACAAUGGGCAUCCCGAAGGAAAUCGGCACGGCCGUUAUCUCGAUGUACCUCAAAGGGCCUGCCCUACAGAAGUACAACAGUCUGUCAGAAGAAAAGACUAAGAACUGGGAGACCAUGGUGACAAACCUGGUAGCGGCACACCACUGCCCAACGGACAAGGAAGUUGCCCUACAAGAAUUCUCCAUGAUAAGCCAAGGACAUCAAUCACCAACCGAGUUCGCUGAGAGAAUUCGCACAAUGGGCGAAUAUACAUUCGAGGAUAUCCCUGAACAGAGCCGGGAAGCAUUUAUGGCGGCUCAGUAAUCAUUUUACUGCCAGCAAUCAGGACAAGAUCGAAUCGAAUAAGUACACGGACCGUGCACAAGAACAACUGUAAAGUGUUCAAGGACGGAGCACCAGGAGGCGCUCACUCUCCGGAAAACCCGGGGAAUGAGGACGCCUAAUCAGCGCCUCAAGAAGGGAAAAAAACGAAAGGUGCGAAGUCUGCAACCAGGACUGACACGGAGAGUCUCUUGGACACAGCGGGCGAAACGGUCGCCCAGCUACACGCCGAGCAGAAGGAACAACGAGAUCGGGAGCAGGAAAAGUUCCGGACCUCAGAGGCCCGCCGGCGAGAAUCCCUUCGGAAUGAACGCAACCAGAGGAAAGAGAAGAUCCGGACGGCAUUCCACCGCUCCGAAGGGGUCAAGGAGGCCAAACGGCGGCUCCAAAGUGCUGCACGCCAAGAGCGACGGUGGCAGAAACGACGAGCCGAGCCCUAUUCCCCAGUGAGGAGAAGGGAACCCGACCGCCGGGGUCGGAGUCCAGGACUUGGUCGAUCGAGACCAAGUACGAUAACCGACGUGCUAAUGAGCGCACUAACGGCCGAGCGGAUCACCGAAGCUGUGAGCCGACAUUUGGUCGCCGGAUUCGAGGAGGAGCUCCGGGCUCGACGAAGCAGGGACCGACGUUAGGAGCCUGUCGAAGAUCGACGUCAGCGACGCCACGAUCGUCAUCGUCCGUCACCAUCCGACCGCCGCAAGAGAAGGACGUCGGGACGACGUCAUAA